AUGGAGGUGGACGAACAAGUCCACACCUUAACUGAGAGCUUUGAGCCCUUUGCACCCGAAGCUCGCCCAGGUGAUUGUUUACUGGACUGCUAUGCAGACCAUCUCCGCUUUGAUGAGUGCGAUCCUACUCAGGAUAGGCACCCAUACCUCGACGAGCUCAUCGCAGAUGUGAGAGCCGACCCACUAACAGUACUGGCUGCAGCUGAUGGCUCUGUCCCUCAGUCUAACCAGUAUCAGGCGACUUCAGCCGCUAUCAUCUACAAGGGACAUUGUGAGCUCGAAAGGACUCGCUAUGUCUCUGGCAGAGUUACCGCCCCUGAUGCGGAACUCAAUGCCAUCUCGUGCGCAGUGCGCCUUGCUGUUAAGCAGGCAAACUGCCAACAUAUUAUGGUCUUUACUGACUCUAUGGGCUCGGCCCAUAGAGCGGUUGACCCCGGCGUGCAUUCUGGGCAGGCUUUUAGUCUGUCAGUAUGUCGCGCUCUUCAAGAGUGGUUUGAGGCGGAUGAUCUCCAUCGCAUUACCUUCGUCUACGUCCCUUCCGCUAUGCGGUGGGAUAUCCAUGGUGAAGCACACAAGUACGUCACUGAACUCAAAGUCAGGGUUGGACAUCGCAAGACGGACAACUCCAUAGACGCGCUACGCUCUCGAGCUGCGCACUCAGUCCUGGAUUCGUGGAAUUCCACUUUCCAGGAUCCAACUUACCGAGGCUCUGAAUUCUUAGAGCUUCAACAGCCUGACGGGCGGCCGUUACAGCCAUCGUACCUCAACGGGGGACCUUGGCUUUCAACCUUCGGACACAGUAUAACUGAGUUCGCCCGCGUUUGCUGGUGUAUAACUGGCCACGCGCCCAUUGGAGCGUAUUACCGUCGCUUCAAGAUCAAUGAGCCUCAUGGCUGCACUUGCGGGGCUGCUUUGCAGUCUCGCCAGCAUGUCCUCUUUCGCUGCCGCGAUAGAUAUUCUGUACACUAUCCCCGUUUUCUCGGGGAUAUUGCAUCGUUUAUGAAGUACAACCCUACGGCGUUUGGCUUCAACCGGGACCCAUCGGGUGUCGGAUAA